AUGAAUCUUUUAUUUCUUUCAGCUGCUCUUGCUAUGAUAUCUCCAGCUUGGGCUGCUGCAUUUGCAUCUCCACCUGCUGCAAUGGCAUUGGCAAUGAUUGGAGCUGGGGCUUCAGGUGGUGAAGCCCCAGCUCGUGCAACAACUGCCCAUCUUAGGCGUGAUACCUCACUUCUGGAGCGCAAACAAGUUAGGCUCCACACAUUUUCAAGUUUUCAAAAGCCUCUGGAACUCCCUGGGAACGCACCACCACUUCCCAAAGACACUGCUGCGAGAGCUGCUGCUUUAGCAGCUGCUCGUGAUUUUGAACGAUUUGCAAAGGUUGGUUCUGGACGAGGUCUUAGUGCUGUUGCAAUGGCUACAUCUGCACAACGAAGAACUGCUGGUGAUGCAGAGCGUGUUAAGAGGUGGAGUAUCUCUGAAGCUAUGGGAGUUGCUUGGAUGGAAUGUUUGCAGCAGCCAGUUGAUACGAAGUCAGUAUAUGGGAAAGAUUUUAAUGCUCUUUCCUAUAAAUUUAUUGCUGUUCUUGUUGCCAGUUUUGCACUAGCAAAUAUGCAACGGUCUGAGAUUGACAGACGUGCUCAAGUGGAUGUAAUUACCAGGCAUCGAAUCCAUACUGGAAUUCGUGCAUGGCGAAAACUCAUUCACCAGUUAAUGGAGAUGGGAAGUCUUUUUGGGCCUAUAGCUGAUCAACUAACAACCCACCUCGUUUUUUGGAAGCUAGAUUUUAUGGAAAGUUCUUCAAGGAUGAGACGAUGUUUGAGGAGGAAUUACGAAGGGAAUGAUCAUUUAGGUGCUGCUGCUAAUUAUGAUGAUUAUUUGGAGGAGAAAAAGGAUCAGAAUACUCAUUUGUCAGCGGAAGCAAUCUCAAUGGAAGAAGUCAAUGAAGAUGAAGAGCAUGCAGAAAUUAUGAAUGGGGAUGGUAUGGUCAAUGGUGCUGAGCCGAAGGGGGAGAAUGAUCCUAGACUUUCUGAAUCAGCUGAACAAGCCCUACAUGCAUCUGUUGAAUCUACUGGUACUCAAAUUGCAAGUGAUGAAAAUUUUGUCCAAAAUUCAUCUGCCGUUGCCCCUGGGUUUGUUUUUAGUGAACUUGAUGAAAGAAUUGUUCUUGAGCUGCCAUCAUCAAUGGUCCGGCCACUUAAGGUUGUUCAGGGAACCUUCCAAGUAACCACUAGAAGGAUAAAUUUUAUAGUUGAUAACAGUGAGAGCAGCACACCAAAGGAAGGGUUAGACCCCAGUUUUGAGGAAGGGGACCAAGAAAAGGACCGCAGCUGGUUAAUGUCAUCUCUUCAUCAAAUUUAUAGCCGGAGAUAUCUCCUUAGAAGAAGUGCUUUGGAGCUCUUUAUGGUUGAUCGAUCAAACUUUUUCUUUGACUUUGGGAGUAUUGAGGGCCGAAGAAAUGCAUAUCGAGCAAUUGUCCAAGCACGUCCUCCACAUUUAAACAACAUAUAUUUGGCAACGCAGAGACCUGAACAACUUUUAAAAAGAACUCAACUUAUGGAGCGCUGGGCUAGGUGGGAGAUCAGCAAUUUUGAAUAUUUAAUGCAGCUCAAUACAUUGGCUGGGCGUAGUUAUAAUGAUAUCACUCAGUAUCCAGUUUUCCCCUGGGUUCUUUCUGAUUACAGUUCAAAGAGCUUGGAUCUUUCUAAUCCUUCUUGUUACCGAGAUCUGUCAAAGCCUGUUGGUGCACUGAACUCUGAUCGACUUAAAAAAUUUCAAGAGAGAUACGCUAACUUUGAUGAUCCAAUCAUUCCCAAAUUCCAUUAUGGAUCACACUAUUCGAGUGCAGGAACGGUCUUGUAUUAUCUUGUUCGAGUUGAACCAUUUACCACCCUUGCUAUCCAACUGCAAGGAGGAAAAUUUGAUCAUGCUGAUAGGAUGUUUUCUGACAUUGGUGCUACCUGGAAUGGAGUUCUUGAGGACAUGAGUGAUGUCAAAGAAUUGGUUCCUGAGCUAUUUUAUCUCCCUGAGGCUCUCACAAAUGGAAAUUUAAUUGAUUUUGGCACUACACAAUUGGGAGAAAAGCUUGAUGCUGUUAAACUUCCUGCCUGGGCUGAGAAUCCUAUUGAUUUCAUUCAUAAGCAUCAGAUGGCUCUCGAGAGUGAGUAUGCAUCUGCUCAUUUGCAUGAGUGGAUUGACCUUAUCUUCGGGUACAAGCAACGAGGAAAAGAAGCUAUUGCAGCAAAUAAUGUUUUCUUUUAUAUUACUUAUGAAGGAGCAGUGGAUAUUGAUAAAAUUUCUGACCCAGUACAACAGCGUGCCACACAAGAUCAGAUUGCAUAUUUUGGACAGACACCGUCUCAACUUCUGACUGUUCCUCACCUGAAGAAGAUGCCAUUAUCAGAAGUUCUGCAUUUGCAGACAAUAUUCCGCAAUCCAAAAGAAGUCAAACCUUAUGCUGUUCCCACCCCUGACCGCUGCAAUGUACCUGCUGCUGCCAUUCAAGCAUCUUCAGACAUGGUCGUGGUUGUUGAUAUGAAUGCACCAGCAGCUUGUGUUGCACAACACAAGUGGCAGCCGAAUACACCUGAUGGUCAGGGUACUCCAUUCCUCUUCCAACAUGGAAAAGCUACAGGCUCUGCUGGUGGGACACUUAUGCGCAUGUUCAAAGGCCCUGCAGGAUCUGAUGAAGACUGGCAUUUCCCCCAAGCACAAGCAUUUGCUGUCUCUGGAAUUAGAAGCACUGCCAUUGUCUCUAUUACUUGUGACAGAGAAAUUAUUACUGGUGGACAUGCUGAUAAUAGCAUUAAGCUGAUAUCCUCGGAUGGAGCUAAAACCUUGGAAACAGCCUGUGCGCACAGUGCUCCUGUAACAUGCCUUGGCCUUUCACUGGAUAGCAAGUACCUGGUGACAGGAUCCCGGGAUACCACUGUAAUACUAUGGAGAAUACAUCGGGCACUUUUGUCUCGCUCAAGUGUGUCUGAACCUUCAUCUGGGACAGGUACUCAGCCUUCGACAAGCAGUAAUUCUUCAUCAAACUUGUUGACAGAAAAGAAUCGGAGGUGUCGUAUUGAAGGUCCCAUAUAUAUACUUCGGGGCCACCAUAGUGAAAUCCUCAGUUGUUGUGUCAGUUCAGAUAUAGGAAUUGUUGUUUCAUGUUCCCUUUCUUCGGAUGUUCUGUUGCACUCUGUCAGAAGAGGACGUCUAAUUAGAAGAUUAGUUGGUGUGAAGGCUCAUAUUGUCCGCCUUUCCUCUGAUGGUGUUGUUGUGACUUGGAACGAGUCAGAGCAUACUCUCAGCACCUUCACUCUUAAUGGUGUUUUAAUUGCUGAAACACAAUUAUCUUUCUCUAGCAGGAUUAGUUGCAUUGAAAUUCCUGUUGAUGGGAAGAGUGCCUUAAUUGGAAUUAAUCCUCUAGAAAAUGCUGGGGUCUAUAAUAAUAGUUGGAAUUUGAGCGAUGAUGAUAUUGAUUCAGAAUCAGGAAAAGCUCAAGAAAGCAAUGGAAUAAAUGCUUCGUUGCCAUCUAUUUGCUUCCUGGAUUUGCACACUCUGAAGGUAUUUCAUAUAUUAAAGCUGGGAAAAGGACAGGAUAUCACAGCUCUAGCUUUAAACAAGGAUAACACAAAUCUUUUGGUCUCAACUUUGGAUAAACAGUUGAUAAUCUUCACUGAUCCAGCUUUAAGCUUGAAAGUAGUUGAUCAAAUGCUGAAGCUGGGUUGGGAAGGUGAUGGGCUUACACCCCUCAUAAAGUCAUAGAUUUUAGGGCAUACAGAAGUAAAUUACAGAUAUUUUAUAGAUAACAAUUGUUAGGAAUCGUGGUUUAAGGUUUUUGAGCUCUUGUUUGUAAGCAUUUUUGGUUCCGUCCCAGUGGUUCAGGGAUGUCUUGUAAUAUAUGUACUAUCAGAGACAAGCGUUAGCCUUUAGUGAUAGGUAAAUUAGUUGCAAGUAUAGUUCUCUCAUUGCUCUCCCACAUGUGCUCAAAAUAUUAGUGCAUCACAUUGAUUGUUUUCCCUCAUUUUUUUAAUUAUAUUGAAUGAAAAUAUGAUGCGUUUCUUUC